CAACUCAGCCACAUUCCUUCGCUCGGGAAAACAGUUAAAUCCACCAGAAAUCUUGCUUUCACACAAUCCUAUCCCCUAAUAAUUCCCGUGUACCAAGACCUCGAUAUUAGCUUCAGAAUUCACUAUAUUCUCAUGAUUGUGACACUUUAAAGACCCCCUUCAUCAAUUUAUUACAAUGGUGAAGAAAGACAAGAAAGAUCUACCGAAGACAGCUCAGCAGGAAAAAAAGGCAAGACAAGAGUUAAACACUGCAUCAUAUAAUGUCUGGACAUUAAUCUUGCAAGUGCUUUGUUGUGGCUUGAUAACGGGAGGAGCAAGCUAGAACAAGUGAAUAUUUUUAUUGACCUGAGCCUUUUAUUUCGCAAAAUUAGCGUUGCGAAGGAUCUUGAGGUUAAUUUUAGCCUACCUAUCCGUAGGUCAUCAGCAUCAUUCAGGACCUGGGCAAGGCGUCACCACCGUCUCUCGCCAUGUUUACACUCUUCUAAUAAUAUUUUAUCUCCGUUCAAUGACAUUUUAACAGAUCACUAUUGGCCAUUGAACUCUAAAUCAACCCUGGUGAACCUUCUCGCGCGAUGUAACCGCCAACAACAUCUGUUCUCAAUUGAAGCCAAGAAGACAUGCAUUUUCGCGACAAAAGAAUGAGCGGAACAAUGAACCUCCCGUCAUAUCAUGUCAUGCAUCCUUGUCGCGCCGCUUUCUUCAGAGUCGGCUUAACUCUGCCCCGAUCUCCAGAAGCGAAUCCGAAACUAUCCCCAAAGCUGACGUUGAGCUUUAACGAGACGGGUAGAACCGGACUCAGGUCAGCUAAAUGGCAUGCCAAGGUCAGCUGGCCCAUGCAUCAAUCACGAGUUUCGCAUUUUAUAAGAUGAGUCAAUUCAUUAUCAGUGUUAAAUAAGAGAUAAAUGUCUCGAUCGUGCGAUUGAGUCAUUGCUGAUCAUCAUUACGUCUUUAAUACAAUGGCACUACAAGGCCUAACUCGGAAAAUAUUGGCAACGUCACUUAUUGCCGUAGUCACUGCUGGCGGUGUCUAUGGCUACUCGAUUCAGAAACGCGUGUCCAAAGUUGAACGGAAUCUGAUAACGCGGUUCAAGACCGUACCAGAGAAAUUCCAGAAAUCGAGAUCUGUUAGUGAGGUUGUCAACGCGAAACAGCACAUGUACGACUCUGACUCUCGAUACAUCACGCUCGAAGUACCGCCUCAACAUCGUGAUGUAUCCGAUGAAGUUCUAUUGGCAAAGUUCGUCAAGGGAUAUUUUGGAGGCGCUGUGAUUAGACCGGAACGAGUUGCUCUUUCAACUCUUGGUAUGACACUUGUCAACUUUUCAAAAUCAGGACCAGCUCCGAGAAAGUUGUGGUCACGCACAGAACUUCCCGAAGUUUCAUUACCCCCGGUCAACACUAUUCUGUACGGAGUCUUUCAAGUUCUCGAGACUGAGAUCGGUGCCAAAGUUGCGCCAAACCGCACUGAGAGCCACAUCGAUUUUGGCUUUGGAAGUGACAGUGAUGUGUUUGCUGGAGUCCACAGAUUCGUGGUUGUGAGGACGAAGGAAGAGAAAAGUGAAGAAACAGUGCAAAUUCACUACGAGUCCAUGACUUGCAACCCUGUGCAGAACAAACCUCUGAGGCCACGGAUCUUGUUCAAAUUUCAUGAGUUCUACGCGGACUUGUUGUUUAGGGAUGCAAUAUCGGAGAUCAAACAGUGGAUGGGCCAAUCUUGAGCUUUUGAAUGGCCGAAAGGAUAUAUCCCUUCUCUAUAACCUUGUUUUAGUAGUGUAAACGAAUAAUGAGCCUAUUACUCGACUAUUCAACCCGUUGAAACUCGUCCAAAAGCUUGCCUGACCGCAGGGUAAAGUCAUGAGUCGCUCAGCGAGUCUUUGGCUUAUCUGGUGGCGGAUCGAGAAAAGUACACUGUAUAACGAUCCACGCAAGUAACAUAACCAAUCCUAGAACGAAGACCUGUGUCUGUAAAGACGCAGGAGUACUCUCAAGGGUACCCCAAACGAUAAGAAGUGCCGCGUUCAAGAAGGAGAGGAACGACAAGACGGCUAAUUUAUACUUGGCUGGAGUCGUCUUCUGAAUUGACCCCGAACUGUCAUAGCUAGGUGAGAAAUGGCUACUAAAAUGAUGAACAGUCAUGAGAAGACUUAGGUGUACCAAAGAGGCAUAGAAGAAGACUUUUAGAGGUCAGAGAUGUGCAAGGCUUCAGUUGUUAUCAUUGCUUACCUUUGGUAAAAUCUUCGCUGGAUAGAUACAACAUGUUGCCCUUGGAGAAUACUGACAAGAUCUGGGGUUGCUGAGUAUGGCUGAUGCUCGAUAUAAUUGAUUGAGAGAAGGAAUUAUACUGAGGGGUAAUGUUGUGAUUUAUAUCAUUCAUGAUUACAGGCCAUUUCCUCUAACCGAGGUCUUGGCAGACCUUCUGAUAUAGGAUAGCUGUCCAUAAGUAGUAUCAGCCGACCAGGAUACAUAACAGGCAAGGCUAGAAAGAGUUAAAGGAUGUUAUCUGGAAGAAAUCCGUACAGAACUUGAGAACUCAGGAGUCAUGUAAACUUACCAGUAUCUCAGCAAGAUAGGUAUAUCAAGUUGAAUAGUUAACAACAAAACCUUAUGUUGAGAAAACUUCCAGGUAGUGUGGACAGUCGCUCGAAUGGUUGUAUCAAGCAAAUUCGUUUCAAAAGAAUUAUAGGCAAACA